GCAACAGGAAGUGACACAUACUCCCACUCUUUUCUGUCGAGAGGAAAGCAGAGGUCCAGAGAAGGAAGAUUUCCACCGCCGAUGCCCUUCAAAAUUCCACAAACUGGUUCAAAAGAGCUUUGAGCUUGGCAUUCCCAAGAUAUGAAUCGAUUCUGCACAGGGGUAAAAAACAAGAAGCUUCUUUUGCUCCUCUAUCACGUUAUCUUCCAAAGAAUGUGCUUCUUCGUUGUGAAGAAUCUACCCAGAAAUGCUUUAGAUCCGAACUGUUUAUAAGGAAAAAUUUUCUUUGCGUUAGAUCCAACCAGCUUGUAAGGGGAAAAAAAAAGAUUUUCCUGAUGAAAAAUUUCAAAGAUCAAGAUCAGCUCAAGUGCUAGCCUUUUCGCUUUGAGAAUUGGAAAGAGGAGUAGAUCGGGGGAAGAGAGAGAGAUGGCGGUGAAUCGGCGUCCGUGCUUCCUUGUCGCCGUGGGCUUCUGCCUUCUCGCGAUCUGGGCCGUCCGAUCCGAGUCCCGUGACAUCCGGCCGUCGGAGCACGGGCUGGUGUACCAGACCGACCCCGGCCCACCGUCCCCGGAGAUGGCGGCCUUCUUCCAUGGCCGACCCACGGUGGCGCUCCCCGAGGCGCGGAACGCCACCGAUUGGCCCUGGCGGGUGGCGCCGCCCGGGCCGGACCGGUCCGCGGGAAGGAAGCGGGCGAGGGUGGCGCUGCUGGUCGCCGGCGUUGUGUGCGGCGUCGUGGGGGUCGCCCUGCUCGCCGCCGCGGCGGUGGCGUACGUAGUCCACGCCCGCCGGUCCAGACCUGGGGGCGGUCCCGGUUCGGGUUUCGGCGUGGGUCGGCGGAGAAGCAGCCCGGAGGUCCGGUUAGGAGCCGCGUGAAGGUGAGGUCUGGAGAGAGAGGUGGUGCGUGAAGAUCAUCACUCGACGAAUAACCUGAGCCGCCUGAUCAUGAUCUAGUGGUUAAUGGAGGAAUGGUCCGACGUUUCUGCAACGACGCGUGGUUUCUUGGGUUCCAGCCUGCUCUUAAUCUUGGAUAAGUUCUUAUUCUUCUCAUGCAAUCACAUAAUAUGUUUAUAGUAAUCUUGAUGUACGGAUCACUUGUUUCGUUAUGUAAUCUUUUUGAUUCUUAGGUGUGGUAUUUGGUGAUGAUUAUUGAAGCGGUUUCUUCUAA